AGAGUAAGAGCUAAACCAGAUAUUUCAUGAGGAAAAUGAAGAGUGAGUUUUUUACAUUGAUGGCAAUAAUGUCUCUACUCUUAGCCUUCUCGUUAGUCCAUGGAGGAGGAGAGCCUGGAACACCUUCUAAUGCAGCCGUUACCCCAAGUAGUCCAACCGGAGGAUCCAGCGGUUCAAGCGGUUCGGCUCAUGGACCUAAUUGGGGAUAUAGUUGGGGAUGGGGUUCAGUCCCAGGAGGUGGUUAUGGCUAUGGUUCUGGUUCGGGUUCGUCACCAGAUGGAGGAGGAAAAGGGUCUGGAUUCGGGUUUGGGUCGGGUUCAGGUUCAGGAACUGGAUUUGGGUCUGGCUCGGGAGGAGGAGGAGCCACAGACGGUGGUUCUGGCCAUGGAAGUGGGACCGGACACGCUGGUGAAGGCGGUGGCUCAGGCAGUGGAAAUGGUGGAGGAUCUCCAGGUCGUAGAGAGAGGAGCCAACACCGUUAAAAGAAAGCUUUCUUGUUAUU